AGCCCGGCAGAAGAUGGCGUUCUUUCGCUGUAAGCGAGACCCCUGCGGUGUUAUCUGUCUGAUUUUAACUUAUUUCAGCGUGUUUUACGCCGACUACGUGGUCAUACAGUAUGUCCUCCUCCCCGCCUUCACGGACAGUGUGUGGUCUACUCUCCACGGAGCAGUGUUCAACCUGAUUCUGCUGCUGCUGCUGGCCUGCCACUCCAAGGCUGUCUUCUCCGACCCGGGUAUUGUGCCUCUCCCUGAGACCGCCAUAGACUUCUCAGACCUUCGGUCCCAGUCGUCUCGCAUGAAUGACCGGGGCUGCGAAGGCUGGACGGUGUGCAGUCGCUGUGAAACCUACAGACCUCCCAGAGCGCAUCACUGCCGCGUCUGCCAGAGGUGUAUACGCCGCAUGGACCAUCACUGUCCCUGGAUCAACAACUGUGUCGGAGAGCUAAACCAGAAAUAUUUCAUCCAGUUCCUCUUCUACACCGGCAUGGCCAGUCUGUACUCCAUGGUGCUGGUGGUGUCGGCCUGGGUGUGGCGGAUAAGGAACGAGCGAGACGGAGACGCAGAGAAAGAAGGAGAGGAGAUGCCCAGCAAGCACCUGAUAGUCGCCCACUACAUCAUCCUCCUGGUGGAGUCGGUGUUGUUUGGCGUGUUUGUCAUGGUCAUCUUUUACGAUCAGCUGGUGUCCAUAAUCACGGACGAGACUCCCAUAGAGCAGAUGAGGAACAGGCUCAUGAUGAAGGACAGAGGCUCCUCAGCUUCCUCCUCUUCCUCCUCCUCCUCCUCCUCUCAGCCGCCUCACCACCCCCCACACACCCGCAAGCCAAAGCUGGCUCUGCUGCGGGAGGUUUUCGGACGAGGUUCGGUCUUUUGCUGGCUUCUUCCGCUCCACUCCAGCCCUCCGUCGGUCGGCGGCAUCAUCUACCACGCUCUGCCCGACUACGACGUCUGACCUUUGACCUGUGAGGGCGGGAAAAGGAUGGGGAGAGAGGUUUUGUGAGUGAGCGUGUCUGUGUGAGCAGGAGAGAGAGAGAAUGUGACUUUUCUGCCUAACUAUGAUGUCUUAUCUUUAUCUUUGGACCUGAGUACUGAAGAGGAAGGCCAAGUUGAAUGAAUGAGUGAAUGAAACAUGUGUGAUUUUAUCACCCAGGACCUAAAAGAGUUCCGCCUCAGUCCCCAGACGCAUGCAUUUCUCCCCCAUCAUGAAGGAAGAGCUCCGGCAGCUCCCUGUUUUGUCUCGAUCUGUAGUUUAACUACCAGC